AUGAACUCACUACCUUUGCUGCUUGCUGCUGCCUCUGUAGGCUUUCUGUAUGUGAUUCUCACCAAAGGCCGGAGAGAGAAGGGCCUCCCUCCUGGGCCUCCUACGCUACCAUUCUUGGGAAACCUCCACCAAAUUCCGGUUAAGGGAUCUUAUCUCAAAUUCACAGAAUGGGCCUCCCAGUACGGCGGCCUGUACUCGCUCAAACUGGGCACCGGAACAGCGAUCGUCAUCACCGACCCCCGCCUCGUCAAGGAGGUCAUUGACCGCAAGAGCUCCAAAUACAGCAACCGGCCAGAGUCAUUCGUUGCGCAUACCAUUACAGGCGGCUCACAUCUGCUUGUGAUGCAGUACGGCCCUCUCUGGCGCACGAUGCGCAAGCUGGUUCACCAGCACUUUAUGGAGACGGCGGUGGAGAAGAGCCAUAUACAUGUUCAAAAUGCAGGGGCGGUGCAGAUGCUGAGAGAUUUUUGUGUGAGGCCGGACCUGCAUAUGCUGCAUCCGAAGAGGUACAGUAACAGCAUUAUCAUGAGUCUAGUGUACGGGGUCCGAACGCCUUCGGUUCAUACGGCCCAUAUGACGCAGUUAUAUGAGAUGAUGGUUCGUAUUCUUUCUCUACCCUUCUUAUGCACUCAAGGGAUGCCGACUGACCGCGCGUUCGUUCUCUUUCAGGAGAAUUGGUCCAAGGUAAUGGAACCAGGCAACACGCCCCCCGUCGACAUUUACUCCUUUCUUCAUUACAUUCCCCAGAAGCUCUUUGGCAACUGGCUCUCGCGCGCAAAGGAGGUUCGGGACGAAAUGUGCCAGCUUUAUGGGCAGUAUCUGGACCUUGUGGUCUCCCGGCGCAAGAAGAUUGGCAGUACAGGCUCGUUCAUGGAUACGGUGCUCGACCAAAAUGAGAAGCUGGGUCUUACACGUCAUCAGCUCUAUUUCCUCGGCGGUGUCCUGAUGGAGGGUGGUUCUGACACGUCGAGUUCGAUCAUUCUGGCGUUCAUUCACGCCAUGACAAAGUGGCCUCAGGUUCUGAAGAAGGCGCAGGCCGAAAUUGGUAAUGUCAUUGGUGAAGACAGAAUGCCCGCUUGGUCGGACUAUGGCUCGCUGCCCUAUGUUGCGGCUACAGUCAAGGAGGCCAUGAGAUGGAGACCUGCCGUGCCGUUGGCGUUCCCGCAUGCAGCUGCUGAAGAUGACUGGAUUGACGGUCAUUUUAUACCCAAAAGCAGCACGAUCAUCGUCAACGGCUGGGGCAUGCACCAUAACGAAGCCCGGUUCGGCAAUCCCUCAGUCUUCGAUCCAGACCACUACAAAGGUCAGACAGCCCUUGCUCCUGAACUGGCCAAUGCUUCUGAUUACACGACCCGCGAUCACUAUGGCUACGGCACCGGGCGCCGCAUCUGCCCAGGCAUCCAUGUCGCCGAGCGGAACCUGUUUCUGGCCAUUUCGAAACUCAUCUGGGCCUUCUCAAUCGAGCCCGGAGUGGACGAGAGUGGGAAAGUGAUUGAGCCGGACUUGGAUCCUAGGACUGGAUAUAGCGAAGGGUUUCUGGUCUGCGCGAAUGAUUUUCCAUGUCGGAUUAUGCCGCGAUCUGAGGCAAAGCGCGAGAGCAUCAUGAGGGAGUAUCAGAGGGCGCAGGAGGAGGUCUUUUCUCGAUUCGAGAGCCCCUCGUCUUGA